AACAUUAGUAUCAUGGAUCAUGAUCACAUGCAUGACAUGCCACCACCAUCACCAUCAUCAUCAUCGAUGUCGAAUCAUACAACACCACACAUGAUGAUGAUGCACAUGACCUUCUUUUGGGGUAAGAACACGGAGGUUCUCUUCUCCGGAUGGCCCGGGACAAGCUCCGGCAUGUACGCUCUCUGUCUCAUUGUUAUAUUCCUCCUCGCCGUAAUUGCCGAGUGGCUCGCUCAUUCACCGAUCCUACGUGUCAGUGGCUCAACCAAUCGAGCCGCCGGGCUCGCUCAAACCGCUGUGUACACACUCAAGACUGGCCUUUCGUAUUUGGUGAUGCUCGCUGUUAUGUCCUUUAACGCAGGUGUUUUCAUCGUCGCUAUCGCCGGCUAUGGCGUUGGUUUCUUUCUCUUUGGGAGCACUACUUUCAAGAAACCCUCCGAUGACCAGAAAACCGCCGAGCUUCUUCCGCCGUCUUCAGGCUGCGUUUGUUGAACAAUUGAAAUUACUCUUUGUUUUUUUUUUUAUCAACAAAAUUACUCGUUGUGUUAUAAAGAACUUUUCUUUUGUGUGUGGUUUGGUUUUAAAUUUUGAUAUUUCGUUUUGGUUUAACUCGAUUAAUAGUGGAAGCUAAAUAUUUUC